UCAUGCGCCAACCUUCGCCUGCCAAGUCCAUGUCCAGUAAAUAUGCAGCACUGUGUUGCAAUUUGUGCCUUCCAUGGUGUUCCUCUGCCGGCCCCACUCUCCGUCGCGUCAUCCCUGUUGAUUUUUGGCGACUGGCAGCGCAAGUCAGUGCCCAUCGAGCCUCAGCCACCACAACGACAUUGGAGCAUCGUUGUCGCGACAGGCCCCAAUCCACAGCCCCUUCCGCUGCUCGACACAGCUGCGCCCUAGACCGACCCCGACGAUGGAUCGCAUGAGCAGAAUCUCGUUUGAUCCCUCCAAGCUCAAAAAAACUGCCGCUGCACACUAUUCGUCGUCAGACGACGACGACCACGACCACGACCACGACGACAACACCUUCCAGAUCCCAUCCACGAACCCCAACGCCGACGAGUUUCUCCAUCACAACCCGCGGAAGCGGCGGCGGACCGGCCGUGACGCCAAGGAGAGCGCCGCGCUGGGUAUAUUUGGCUCCGAGAGCGAGGAUGAUGGCCCUGGGAGCCGCUGGAAACACAAAAACCUCAGAAGCAGGGGCGUCGCCUUUGUCUCCAGCAGUAACAAGAAGGACGACGAGGAUGGCGAAAACGGCGCGGAAGACGAGGAUGACGACGACGACGACGACGACGACGACGACGCGAGCCAAUACCCAGGCUUAGGCACCGUGCGACCAAGUGCGGGUGACGACGAGGAGGAUGUCGACGAGCUGGACGACGAUGCCCCCGCUGCCGGGCUCGGCCUCGGCUUCGCUGCACAGCGGGUGGCACAGGACUUUGGCUGGUCUGCCGGCAACAAACCAACACAGACGUUUGGCAGACCGACCCAGAAGAACGGCUUCAGUGCAAAUAAUCCCCUUGGGCGUGGUUUCGUCCCCACCUCGUCGUUCAUGCCAGAACUCAAGGUCCAGGAUGUCGAGGAGCCCCCUGCCGUCAUCUCUCGGCCCAGCGCCUUCUCGGCGGCCAAGGGAAAGAAAGGCGCAAAGGGCGCGGCAGGCGGCGGGGUCAACCCCGGCUCGUUCGGCGCCAGGAUGAUGGCUAAGAUGGGCUACAAGGAGGGCACCGGUCUGGGGAAGGAGGGCCAAGGUCGCAACGUUAUCAUCGAGGCGAACCUUCGUCCGCAGAGAGCUGGCUUGGGUGUGGUGAAGGAAAAGACAGAGUCGGAGCGCCAGGAGGAAAAACGCCAGGCGAAGCUCCGAGGCGAGGUUGUGAUCGACUCCGAUGAGGAAGCGAAGAAGCGCAAGGCAGCUCGCAGGAAGAAGAUGCUCGGCGGCGGGACUGGAAGCACCCCCGCGAGCGGUGCCAGUACACCCAAGCGACACAAACCGAAAUACGUCACUAUGGAUGAGGUCAGGAAGGCUGCGCCGGGACUUAACAUCCCAGAUGCCUUUACGCCGAUUCUGGACUUGACGGGCCCGGGCAAGAAGCUCCUUACCAGUUCAUCCGGCCUGAUGACCCCGACAGGGGCCGGGGCCGCCGAGACGACUGAGCAGGUCGAGUCAAGAAAGCUUGUCAAGCGCGCGCAGAACCAGUUUCUGGCCAUCGUGGAAGAAUGGCAGAGCCUGCAGGAGCGCAAGGCAUACGCAGAGCUGCAGCUAGAGCAGGAGAGGCAGGAGCUGGAGGAGCUCGAGCGCGACAUGGCGGGCUACAAGUCUAUCACCGACCAACUCAGUCUUGUUUCGCUGUCAAGCGAAGACCAAACCGACGCCACUUACCGGUGGAACCACGUCAUCGCCAUUCUGAAGGUGACCGUCGCCGCGAUCCCCGAGUCGUCUCGCGACUCACUUGGAGGCCAACUGGCAUCAACUGCCGUUGCAGCUCUCCACCCUGUUUUCCGAGAAGCCAUGCAAACAUGGAACCCGCUGGAGGACACGGGCGCCCGUUUUGCGUCAGAUCUGGACUCCAUCAGAGACCUUCUCGGCAUCCAGCAGCUCCAAGACGAUCCGACACUAUCGAAACGGUCGCACCACCACCGAAGACCAGCGGCGACGGCUUACGAGGCAAUGAUGUACAAGCUGUGGCUGCCGCACGUGGCACGUGCAGUGCGCGAAUGGAACGUCCGCGAGUCUGACCAUAUGGUCGCCCUGUUCGACACGUGGACUCCCCUCCUGCCAUCCUUUGUGCGCAGCCAGCUCCUAGAACAGGAUAUAAUCCGCAGGCUGGACGAGGCCGUUGCCAAGUGGGAGCCCAAGAGACGCAAGCACCACCAGACUCUGCCUCAUAUCUGGCUCUUCCCCUGGCUGCAGCACUUGCCCGCGCGUCACCUGGACCCCAGGGCCUCCACGGGUCUCGUCGCCGAUGUCAAGCGCAAGUUCCGGCAGCUCAUCGACGUCUGGGAGUUUGAUCGCGGCGUCGUGCCGGGUCUGGUCAAAUGGAAGGACGUCCUGCGCCCCUCACGCAGAGACGACCAGUGGCGACCGCUGGUCAUGAGCCACGUGCUGCCGAGCAUGGCGCGGUAUCUGCGCAAGAAGUUGGGCAUUGACCCACUCUCGAACGACGACCCCAUCUUGACGGGCAUCUUGGACUGGCUCGAUGUCGUAUCACCCAGUGCCCUCGCAGAGAUGCUCGUGGCCGAAUUCUUCCCCGAGUGGCACGAGUGGCUCUACCGCAUGUGCACCGCCCAAGUUUUCGAUAUUGGCGAGACCCUCAUGUGGCUGGAGCUAUGGCGUGACGCCCUACCCGCCGACUUGAGGGACAGCGCCCCCAUCGCGGCCGAACUUCGGAAGGGCGAGCAGGCGCUGGAGCUCGCCAGUGGGCUUGUCGAUAGGACCAUGCUCGCACCGCCCGACCACGGUCCGGCCCUGGCUGUUCCGACGAGCAAACACGCGCGCUCCUCCCAGUCUCAGACUCCAGUUCGCAAAGAGGCGCCGCCACCCGCCGCGCCUGCGCCUGCGAAACCACAGACACAAGCCGCCACCAUCAAGCAAGCUGUGGAGGACAAGUGGUGCCAGGCCCACGAUUUGCAAUUCAUACCCGAGUUCACCAAGGUCCACUCCAAGGGGCCCCUCUACAGGAUCACGUCGCGGGGCGACGGCAAGGGCGGGGUGCUGGUUUACUUUGUGGACAACACGCUCCGAUACGACGCCAAGGGAGGGCGCACUAUUAUCAUUAGCACCGAGGAGGGCUUUUGGGCCGAGUUGGUCCAGUCUGGACUUGUUGGUUGAUUCAGUCCGAGGACGGACCCACAGCCAGGCCGCCAAUCGCCCGAGGAUCAGUCCGCUCAUCUCCAUGCCAUGCAUCCGUGGGACAUGCGUCUGCGGAGAAGACUGUCGACCCCGUGCGGGCAAAUCAGAGCUUGAGCUUUUACGACUACAUCGAUGUUGGUCUAGCGCCUCCUUGGCGGGGGUAAAAUGCGGACACAGACGCUUCAUACAAGGCCACAGCAUCCUGCCUCCAAUUAGAUUAUCGCUGUUAACUCGCCAACCAUGUUACCAAAAAUGAUCGAGACUGCGGGCAAUAUUCUCGCCUUGAAAUCGCCGAAACCCUCCCGAUUCUGGCCAAAGUGCUGCGUCCAAAAAGGGCCGGUCCCCUACUGGAAGUGGAUCGCCGUACGCCCCUCGCCCUAGCCGAGACCUGCAUGAGCGAGUGGGAACAGAGCCAAGGAUUUUGCCCACCAUGCAACCGCUCCCUCGGUAACUUGCCUGUCAUCCGUUCCUCGUUUUUUUUUGGGGGUUUUUUUU